GGAAGGCGCAACCUGCAGUGGUUCGCACGCUCCAGUCCAGUUCGCACGUCAUAGCAGCAGCAGCAGCAGCAGGAAGAGAAGAAGCGCACCAGCACGCAUUUCCGCGCGGUCGAGCAUGCCACCUGACACCAGACCACCGCCACUUUAAAGGGAUGAACUCGUGUCCUCGCCCCUAAUCCACCUCCAGCGCAAUGUCGGAGGCCGAGGGCGACUGCAAGGAGAACUCGCAUCCUCCGGGCGAAAACUGCAAGAAGUCGCCAGUGAAGGGCAAAGAGUGCAAGAACUCGAAGCCGCAGCAGCAGCCCAAAGACCCCACUCGUGUCGUGGUGGUGGCUUUGACUCCCGACCGCCGCCGAGAGACAUGGAACAAGAAAGUGGAGUUUCUGCUAGCGGUGGUGGGAUUCGCCGUCGACUUGGGCAACGUCUGGAGGUUCCCCUACAUCUGCUACCAGAACGGAGGCGGUGCGUUUUUGAUCCCCUACACCAUAAUGCUGAUAUUCGGCGGUUUGCCCCUCUUCUACAUGGAGCUCGCUUUGGGGCAGUUCCACCGCAGCGGAUGUCUCACGAUCUGGAAGAGAAUCUGUCCGGCACUAAAAGGAAUUGGAUAUGCGAUUUGUUUGAUCGACAUCUACAUGGGGAUGUACUACAACACCAUCAUUGGCUGGGCGCUGUAUUAUUUAAUUGCGUCGUUUCAAUCGGAGUUGCCGUGGACGAGUUGUCACAAUUCUUGGAACACCAGAGACUGUCGACCUGUUACUGCCCUCAUCGGCGUCAACAGUAACUCCUCAAGUCCUGCCAAAGAAUUUUUCGAACGAGAGGUGCUAGAACAAUACAAAUCCGAUGGCCUCAACAGAAUGGGUCCUAUUAAGCCGGCAUUAGCUCUGUGUGUCUUUGCGGUUUUCGUUCUUGUUUAUUUCUCGCUGUGGAAGGGCGUUCGCAGCACCGGAAAGGCGGUGUGGAUAACAGCCUUAGCCCCCUACGUCGUCCUCAUAAUCCUCCUCUGUCGGGGGGUCACCCUCCCCGGGGCCGCCGAAGGCAUCCGCUACUACCUCACCCCCGAGUGGCACAAACUCAACAAUUCGCGCGUGUGGAUCGACGCUGCUUCGCAAAUUUUCUUCUCACUCGGGCCGGGCUUUGGCACUCUUCUAGCCCUCUCGAGUUACAACAAAUUCAACAAUAACUGCUACAGAGACGCGCUUUUGACCAGUAGUAUCAACUGUCUGACGAGCUUUUUGGCCGGUUUUGUGAUUUUCUCGGUCUUGGGGUACAUGGCCCACGUGCAACAUAAAAGCAUCGAGAUGGUGGGGCUGGAGGGGCCGGGGUUGGUGUUUAUUGUGUAUCCGGAGGCCAUUGCGACGAUGACCGGCUCGGUUUUCUGGUCUAUUAUUUUUUUUCUUAUGUUGAUUACGUUGGGGUUGGAUAGUACGUUCGGGGGGCUGGAGGCGAUGAUCACGGCGCUGUGUGAUGAGUACCCCAAGGCAUUGGGGAGGCAUAGGGAGAUUUUCGUGGCGGCGCUGUUGUUCGGGAUCUACAUUUGUGCCUUGCCGACGACAACUUAUGGGGGCGUCUACUUAGUGAACAUGCUGAACGUUUACGGCCCCGGCUUGGCCAUCCUUUUUGUCGUUUUCGUGGAAGCGGCAGGAGUUUGUUGGUUGUAUGGCACCGAUAAUUUCGCACGAGACAUCGAAAAGAUGAUUGGUCAUAAGCCGGGGAUUUUUUGGAGGAUGUGUUGGAAAUAUAUUAGUCCUGUUUUUCUCUUGACAAUUUUCAUUUUCUCCCUUCUAAGCCACGAACAAAUGUUGGGGACUGAAUAUGAGUACCCCGAGUGGAGUUUCAAAGUUGGUUAUGCCCUAACAGCUUCGUCCAUUAUGUGCAUCCCUCUUUAUAUCGUUUAUAAAUUUGCAAUAACUCCGGGAAGCUUGGUUCAGAGGUGGAAAAUGAUCUGGAAGCCCGAGCACUCCUCCGACAACAGCACCCUCACGUACUGUGGGGGCACCGAAGUGUGACCAACGAGUAUUGUCAAAUCAUACACCAUCGAGUGGCUAGUUUAGUUAUUGAUUUCACCUUUUUCGGGUUAAAUACCAGCCAUAUUUCACCCGAAGUCGCGGAUUAAAAGGGUUGAUUUAAAACGUUUCGUUGUUUUAGGUGUUUUGCGGCGAAAAUGUAACAACAGCCAUUGUUACACUCUCGCAAUCCUAGUCUAGAGAGUAUUAAAGCGGGUGUUCUAGUUCUAGACUUAGCUGAAUGUCGCUUUCUUUGUUCGGGGGUGCACCACCCCGCGUAGUGAACUCCAUACGUAAAAACGUACAAAAUCCUAAACUGACAAAGUUAAAUUUAUCGACAAUAAUGAUCGGGUUUGAGUUCGGUACUAAACAAAAAUCGGGCCUACUUUUGUGAUACACUUUCUGAGCGAAAAGCAGCCAAGUUUCGCCCAGAAAUGGUUAGUUUCUUUGUGCCAACUGUUUGUUUCACUUGUAGCACUUUAGGAAUUGAGAUAUUUGUCCGAUCAAACUUAAACAAUGGAAUAUUAAAAAAAUAAACAAGU